AAAAGGAAAGAGGAACAUACUAAAAUGUCACCUGAAGUUGCCUUGAACAGAAUUUCUCCAGCGCUCUCACCCUUCAUUUCCAGUGUGGUCAGAAAUGGAAAAGUAGGACUGGAUGCUACUAACUGUUUACGGAUUACAGACUUGAAAUCUGGCUGUACAUCCUUGACCCCUGGACCUAGCUGUGAUCGGUUUAAGCUACAUAUCCCUUAUGCUGGAGAAACACUCAAAUGGGAUAUAAUUUUCAAUGCUCACUAUCCUGACCUACCACCAGAUUUUAUCUUUGGAGAGGAUGCUGAAUUUUUGCCAGAUCCUUCUGCCUUGCAUAAUUUAUCUUCUUGGAAUCCUUCAAACCCUGAAUGCCUCCUGCUUGUUGUGAAAGAGCUUGUGCAGCAGUAUCACCAGUUUCAGUGCAGCCGAUUACGUGAGAGCUCUCGUCUCAUGUUUGAAUAUCAAACUUUACUUGAAGAGCCCCAGUAUGGAGAAAACAUGGAAAUCUAUGCUGGCAAAAAAAACAACUGGACUGGAGAAUUCUCAGCUCGCUUCCUCUUGAAGUUGCCUGUAGAUUUCAGCAAUAUUCCUACAUACCUUCUCAAG